CGACCCCCGGCCCUCACCGCGGGGCCCGAACGGCCGAGACCGGGCGGGGCCCCCCCGCCGCCCCCCAGGGUGGGCCCGGGAGCGGCGCCGCGGCCUACGGCGGCCGGGAGGGCCAAGCCCAACACCUUCUCAACAUGGCCUCCGCGGCGCCCCGACUCGGGCGGGCGCGCCGGCGCCACGACAGCCCGGGCCUCCCACGCCGCCGCCCCGCUCUCGCCGGGACGCGGGGCCCCUCGCUCAGCAAGACCCCCGAAGCCCCGGGCGGGGCCCGCGCCCGGACGGGGCCCGCGCCAGCCGCCGCGCCCCGCCGCCACUCCCAAGAUGGAGCCCGGGCCGCCCCGCCCGGCCGCGCGCGCCUCCGCCCCGCCCGCCCCGCCCACCGCCGCGGCCCCGCGCUCAGCGCCGAGAUGGCGGCCGCACGCUUCGCCAGAGCUCCCCGCGGCCUCCGCGCUUAAAAUGGCGGCCGCGAGGAGCCGGGAGGCGGCGCGGGGCGGGGCGCGGGGCGGGCGCCUCCGCGCGCGGGGCCUGCUGGGGGUCGGCGCGCGCGGGCUGCCGGGAACGGGGCGGAGCGCGGCCGCGCCGGCGCGUCGAGGGGGACAGGCAGCCGCCGCGAUGGACGUGUUCCUCAUGAUCCGGCGCCACAAGACCACCAUCUUCACGGACGCCAAGGAGUCGAGCACCGUGUUCGAGCUGAAGCGCAUCGUCGAGGGCAUCCUCAAGCGGCCGCCCGACGAGCAGCGGCUGUACAAGGACGACCAGCUCCUGGACGACGGCAAGACGCUGGGCGAGUGCGGCUUCACCAGUCAGACAGCGCGGCCGCAGGCCCCGGCCACGGUGGGGCUCGCCUUCCGGGCAGAUGAAGCUUUCGAGGCCCUGCGCAUUGAGCCGUUCUCCAGCCCGCCCGAGCUGCCAGAUGUGAUGAAGCCCCAGGACUCAGGAAGCAGCGCCAACGAGCAAGCAGUGCAGUGAGGGCCCUGUGCCCCCCAAGUCCCCCCCCAAUAAAAGAUUUGGGUGUCUGCAGGUUGCUGCCUCUUUAUCCACACAACCCCCCUAACUCCAGGCAUUACCCUCACUCCCCACCCUUGCUUCCCGUCAGCCUGCUAGACCACCUCUGCUCCCCUCCCCCCAGCCAGGGAUAUGCCCAGAGCAGGGCCUGGCCAGCCUCUGCCCAGGGACAGUCCUUCGACAGUUCAUCCUUCGACAUCCCCCUCCCCUCGCAUGUUGGCUUUGGAGCAAUGGCAAACUGAAGCUUGAGUGUUGGUGUCCAGGGGGGUUGUGGAGGGGAGCCCUAGCCACCUGGACAGGCAUGGCUGGCCGUGGGCAGUGCCUCUCCCACCCUCACCCCUAAUAAAACAGUCUCCAGACGCA